AUGGAGGCGACCUUGGAGCAGCACUUAGAAGAUACAAUGAAGAAUCCCUCCAUUGUUGAAAUCCCGUGCACAGAUUCACUUAAUCUGGGUUGCCAUGGGACCCUGUCAGAUGAGCAUGCUGGAGUGAUAUCUGUUCUAGCCCAACAAGCAGCUAAGCUAACCUCUGACCCCACUGAUAUUCCUAUAGUAUGUCCAGCAUCAGAUAAUGGGAACAUUAUGAUCCAGAAGCAUGAUGGCUUCACAGUGGCAGUACACAAAAUGGCCUCUUGA